GAUCAGUGAAACAGAGUCUGAUGUUGUUAGGACUGUCAGGAGAGAGGAGGAGAGAAAGAGUAGAGGGAGAAACACAGUCUUUCAUACAAAGAGGCGUUCGACGGAAACACAGUCGCUUUGAAAGAACACUUUUUGUUUGAUAAUUACCGAACAAUUCUGCUCCACAGGAAUGCAGCACUGUUGAACUGGACUGUAGUUUGCGUCUACGUGUGUGGCUGUUGGAUUAUAAUUUGCAGUUUCAUUCGGGAUUUUACUCCUAACGACAUGGGGAUACGCCAGCACCGAUGCGGAAAAUGGCUGAUGUGUUGGACACUUACAUGGCAACUGCUCAUUUUUGUCUUCAUGAUUUCCACUAUCAACGGUCAGAUCCGUUAUUCAAUCCCAGAGGAGAUGAAGAAAGGCUCUCUUAUCGGUAAUGUAGCACAGGAUCUUGGUUUAGAUCUGAGGAGGCUCCGUUCUGGGCGGGCCCGUAUCGUGACCGGAGAAAACAACCAGUAUACUGAGCUAAAAACAGACAAAGGGAUUCUAGUGGUGAAUGAGAGAAUUGACCGAGAGGAGCUUUGUGGAGACUUAACACCGUGUAGCUUCAGCUUUGAAAUCAUUUUGGAAAACCCAAUUGAACUGCACAGGGUGACUGUAGAAAUAUUAGACGUGAAUGACCAUGCGCCAACCUUCAAAAAUGAUGUCAUUAAUCUAGAAAUAAGCGAAUCUGCAACAAUAGGCUCUCAUUUCGACUUGGAGAGCGCCUAUGACCCCGAUGCAGGGAUUCACACCUUGCAAAAAUAUGUUUUAUCCCCUAAUGGUAAUUUCGUUUUGAAGCAACACUCUAACGCUGAUGGCAUCAAAUUCGCCGUGAUGAUUUUACAGAAGCCAUUAGACAGAGAGCUAAAUCCACAUCUCUCUUUAAAGCUGAUUGCAGUAGACGGAGGAACUCCACAGCGAUCUGGUACAGUAAAUGUAGAGAUCACUGUUCUUGAUGUAAAUGAUAAUCCUCCUGUAUUUAAUCAAACACUGUACACUGCUACUGUGACAGAAAAUGCACCCAUAGGCACAUACAUAACUACUGUGAAUGCUUCAGAUGCAGACAGUGGGUCUAACGGCUUGGUCACAUAUACUUUUUCUAACCUAAAGGGAAGCUCCGGCGAAAAAUUUGAAAUUGACAGUUUAUCUGGCAAAAUAACUGUGGCUGAUAAUAUUGAUUUCGAAAAAGACAAAAAAUAUGAAAUAAGAGUGAUCGCGAAAGACCAAGGUGGCCUGAGUGACGCAACCAAAGUUGUCAUUGAGGUCACCGACAUAAAUGAUAAUGCUCCAGUUAUAAAUAUAAUGUCUUUCUCCAGUCUGAUUUCAGAGGAUGUCCAUCCAGGCACGACUAUAGCUGUUUUUAAUGUUAAAGAUGCAGACUCUGAAAGAAAUGGACUGAUAAGGUGCUCGAUAGAUUCUCACCUCCCUUUUAAAAUCCAGACUUCUUUGACUAAUUAUUACAGUUUGCUCUCAGAUGUACCUUUUGAUCGUGAAACAAUGCCAGAAUAUAACAUAACCAUAACUGCAACUGAUUCAGGGUCACCCCCACUCUCUACUGAAACAACUUUACACCUGAAAAUAUCUGAUGUAAAUGACAAUGCUCCGCUCUUUAAUGAACCAAAUUAUUCUGCCUAUAUCAUUGAAAAUAAUGUCCCUGGGAUGUCAAUAUUCAGCGUGAGUGCACGAGAUUCUGACUGGAAUCAAAAUGCGAGAAUCUCAUAUUUUCUAGAGGACACGCAGGUCAGUGGCAGCCCAGUUUCUUCUUAUGUCUCCAUAAACUCUGAAACUGGACUUCUACAUGCAGUGCGCUCUUUUGAUUAUGAACAGAUCAAGCAGCUCGUAUUCACUGUCAGAGCUCAGGAUGGAGGCUCCCCUCCACUCAGCAGCAAUGCGACUGUGAAGAUACUGAUCCAGGACCAGAACGACAACCCUCCUCAGGUGCUGUACCCAGUGCAGACUGGUGGCUCUGUGGUGGCUGAAAUGGUGCCUCGUUCAGCAGAUGUGGGCUAUCUGGUGACUAAAGUGGUGGCUGUUGAUGUGGACUCUGGACAGAAUGCCUGGCUGUCCUAUAAACUGCAGAAAGCCACAGACAGGGCGCUGUUUGAAGUGGGCUUACAGAAUGGAGAAAUAAGAACUAUCCGCCAAGUGACUGAUAAAGAUGCUGUCAAACAAAGACUGAGUGUUAUAGUGGAGGACAACGGGCAGCCCUCUCGUUCAGCUACAGUCAUUGUUAACGUGGCGGUGGCGGACAGCUUCCCUGAAGUGCUGUCUGAGUUCACUGACUUUGCACACGACAAGGAGUACAAUGACAACCUGACUUUUUACUUAGUCUUGGCUUUGGCUGUAGUUUCCUUCCUCUUCAUCACGUGUUUGGUGGUUAUUAUAUCAGUGAAAAUCUACAGAUGGAGACAGUCUCGCAUCCUGUAUCACUCCAGUCUCCCUGUCAUUCCAUAUUAUCCACCACGUUACUCAGACACUUUGGGGACAGGGACUCUCCAACACGUGUACAAUUACGAGGUGUGCAGGACGACAGACUCCAGAAAGAGUGACUGUAAGUUCGGCAGAGCCGGUAGUCAGAACGUGCUGAUAAUGGACCCCAGUUCUACAGGGACGAUGCAGCGGCUACAGAGUGACAAGAGCAUCCUGGAUGAACCUGACUCUCCUCUAGAGGUUAGUUUAAUAUUGUAG